CUCCUCGAAGAAAGUGUAACAAUGGCGAGAAGACCGGACGAAGAAUACGACUACUUGUUUAAAGUGGUUUUGAUCGGAGACUCCGGUGUCGGCAAGUCAAAUCUUCUCUCUAGAUUCACUCGCAACGAGUUCUGCUUAGAAUCCAAAUCCACCAUCGGUGUCGAAUUCGCUACUCGUACUCUCCAAGUGGAAGGAAGGACUGUGAAAGCUCAGAUAUGGGACACGGCUGGGCAAGAACGAUACAGAGCCAUAACUAGCGCCUAUUACAGAGGUGCACUUGGAGCUCUUUUGGUCUAUGAUGUCACUAAGCCAACAACGUUUGAGAAUGUAAGCAGGUGGUUAAAAGAACUCAGAGACCAUGCAGAUUCCAACAUCGUCAUCAUGUUGAUUGGAAACAAGACAGAUCUGAAGCAUCUCAGAGCAGUUGCCACAGAGGAUGCUCAGAGCUAUGCAGAGAAAGAAGGCUUGUCUUUCAUUGAGACAUCGGCUCUCGAGGCAUUAAACGUAGAGAAGGCUUUUCAGACGAUUCUCUCGGAGAUUUAUAGGAUUAUCAGCAAGAAGUCGAUAUCUUCAGACCAGACAACUGCAAAUGCCAGCAUCAAGGAAGGCGAAACAAUUGAUGUUGCUGCUACUUCUGAAUCAACCGCUAAGAAGCCUUGUUGCUCAUCGUCUUGAAAGGCUUUGUUUGUGAUGCACUUAAAAAGCCAAUAUCUAUGAGAUUUUAUUUCAAGGCUUGCGUUGUAUUACACUAGCUAAAAAUAUGCAAGUUGCAUUUGUUUGUUUUCUUUUUUGUUGUUUAUAAUAACUCAGAUUACAUAAA